GUUACUUUGGAAGAAGUCAACUCCCAAAUAGCCCUAGAAUACGGCCAGGCAAUGACGGUCCGAGUGUGCAAGAUGGAUGGAGAAGUGAUGCCUGUGGUUGUAGUGCAGAGUGCCACGGUCCUGGACCUGAAGAAGGCCAUCCAGAGAUACAUGCAGCUCAAGCAGGAGCGUGAAGGGGGCAUUCAGCACAUCA